GAGGCGCCCGGCAGCGAGCGGGGAGGUUUGAUUUACUGUUUGUUUGAAGAUCUCAGACUGUGUGACUUCUGUGUUUUCUGUGUUCCUAAACCACUGUGGACUACUCUAAUGAUGGCAUUCUCUCUGAGACCAACAUUGGCAAACCAGCUGAACAACGUACCACUGUAGGAUGCUUCGCAAUGUCCUAGGAAAAACCUUCCGAUUUCUGGGGUACACUGUGCAAUAUGGCUGCAUAGCACACUGUGCCUUUGAGUACCUUGGAGGAAUUGUUGUGUGUUCUGGACCUUCAAUGGAACCAACCAUUCAAAACUCUGAUAUUGUCUUUUCGGAGAACCUUAGCCGCCACUUUUACUGCAUUCGAAAAGGAGAUAUUGUAAUUGUGAAAAGCCCAAAUGACCCCAAAUCAAAUAUCUGUAAAAGAGUAAUUGGCUUGGAAGGGGAUAAAGUCUGCACAAGCAACCCUUCAGAUUUCCUUAAGAGUCACAGCUAUGUGCCUAAAGGACAUGUUUGGUUAGAAGGUGAUAAUCUCAGGAAUUCUACGGAUUCCAGGUGCUACGGGCCUGUUCCUUACGGACUGAUAAGAGGACGCAUUUGUCUUAAGAUAUGGCCUCUGAAUGACUUUGGAUUUCUACGUGCAAGCCCCAAUGGCCAUAGAUUUCUUGAUGAUUAAAAGACUUAAGUUACUAUUGACAGUUUUCACAGUAUUUUCUACUAAAAUCAAUGGAACUAUUUUUGCUUAGAAUAAACACAAAUAUUACUUGACAAA